AUGUCACAACGUGAUCAAAAUGGUACAACACCACCACCUCCAUCGACCUCAUCCACUUUCCCACUAUCCUCUCCCUCAUUCUGGACAGAAGCAGCCGCAGUCGUGUUGCCCUCCCCUCCUCCGCUUAAGAGAGUCCGAGAGGAUCUCAGCUCACCUCAAUCGGACUAUACAGUAUUCCCAGAGAUAGACCAAGAGCCACGACCAGAAGUCAAGAGAGGUCGAUAUGAUUCACCAUCCACUUCAACCACUUUAUCGUAUCUACCCAAACGGAGUGAUUUCUUGGAUUUGGAUUUAGACGAUCCUCAUUCGUACCUUGCCAAUCCCGAAUAUGCUCCUAACAAAUUCGGUGAUAUAGGAGAUUAUAUGAGAAAGAAGGAGAUCAAAGUCCAAACUCAGAAUCGUGAUAUAGCUCUUGCAUCAGCCAUCGAAGGUCUUCCUCAGAUCUUCUCAGGUCUAUCAUUCUAUAUCAAUGGAAAUACCACUCCGCCGAUGGAAGAAUUGCGCAAAAUGAUCUUACAACGUGGUGGAGAGGUCAGACCAGUUUUGAGAAAUAAGGGGAUGGUCAAGUUUAUCAUUGCGCCGAUGUUGACUCAAAGCAAAUUCAAGCAGUUCCAGAAUUACAAGGUAGUAAGGGAAGGAUGGAUAACGGAGAGUUGCAAAAUGGGUAAAUUGCUGGAUUGGAGGAAUUGGAAAUUACAGAUUAUGGGUGGGUGGGAACAGACUAGUAGGAAAGGCUUUGAAGGGUUCUUGAAGAGUCAACAAACACCUACGCAGCUGGCGAAUCAGGAAGAGGACGAGGAGGAAAUAGAGGAAUGGAAAUUGGAUGGAUCGAAAGGUAUCAUACCUAAAGCAGCAUCGUCGAAAGCGUCCGAAGCGAAUUCCAAGCUUGAGCAGAUUCCAAAGGAAGAAGAACUGAAAGUCAAAGUACCUAGUCCGAUCAGAUUGCCAAUAUCGACCCAAUCUCUUCUCGCUUCUCAUCCCUAUCGGACAUCUGCCAUACCCAUCAGCCCUCAAAAAGCUCCUCGUGGUACCGCCUCUCCGGUGAAACAAGGAUCACCUUCUCCCGCUCCUCUACCACCGAAAAUCCAGAAACCAGAGGGGACUUGGGAAUACUACUACUCGAAAGAAUCGAACGAGCAUGCCGCUCAAGCUUUGAAGAACGAUCAAUGGCGUAUAAAGAAUACGGCUGAAAGGGGCAAUGAAGGUGGUUUUAUCGAUGGAUACUAUCAGAACUCUAGGUUACAUCAUCUGGCAACAUGGAAAUCCGAAUUGAAAGUCCUGGUAGCAGAUGCUCAAAAACGUUCAGAGGAAUUAUCAUUAUCUGCUCCUUCAUCGAAUACGAUAUCUCCUUUCUCCUUGGCGAAUUCAGCAUUACCAUCUACCAGGAAUAUAGAUCCAGCUGGGAGUGGGGCAAGAGUGAUUUUCCAUGUUGAUUUUGAUUGUUUUUUCGUUUCUUGUGGAUUAGCAACUCGACCUCACCUGAAAGGUAAACCCACAGUUGUGUGUCAUUCUCAAGCGGGAAAGAACGUAGUUAGUACUUCAGAAAUUGCUAGCUGUUCCUAUGAAGCUAGAGCCAAGGGUAUCAAGAACGGUAUGAGCCUGGGUAGAGCUAGGACAUUGGUUGGGGAAGAAUUGCAGACUAUACCGUACGAAUUUGAUACGUACAAGAAAUACUCCUUGGCAUUUUACACGGUAUUGAUGGGUUAUGCGGACGAACUUCAAGCUGUGUCGGUGGACGAGGCGUUGAUCGAUGUGACUAGUGCUGUGAACGCUAGGGCUAUGGCUCCUGAAGAGGCAUUGGCCACUAAUCAAGUGGAAUCCUUCAAUGGAAAUACAACCAAUACAAGCAAAGCUCGAGAUCCGGCAUUAGAAGUUGCUGAGAAGAUUAGAGAUGAGGUACGGAAACUUACCGACGGGUGUGAAGUGUCAAUCGGUAUAUCGCACAAUAUCCUCCUCGCCAAAUUAGCCACCCGAUCUGCAAAACCAGCAGGCGUAGCACACCUCUUACAUCCGGACAUACCGAAAUUCCUCGCACCUCUGGAUGUCGAAGAUUUCCCUUCUAUUGGACAUUCGAUCAAAUCCAAAAUCGAGGAGAAAUUUGGCACCACCAAUGUGGAGGGAUUAUUGGGUGUGAAUAAACUGUCGUUUCAGCGUGUGCUCGGACCAAAGACUGGUGAGAUGGUGUACGGAUAUCUGAGAGGUAUAGAUGAGAGAAAAUUAGAACCUGAUAGAAUCAGGAAGAGCAUUAGUGCUGAGAUGAAUUACGGAAUACGAUUCCAAAAUCAUGAUCAAGCUGAAAUCUGCAUCAACGAUCUAGCUUUGGAAGUUGCAAAAAGAAUGAAAAACGUCGGUGUGAAGGGGAAACAAAUCACUCUGAAAUUGCUGAAGAGACAUCCUGAUGCCCCGAUAGAACCGCCUAAAUUCCUCGGACACGGGUGGUGCGAGACCUUCAAUCGAUCUUCUUCGAUAUCAGGACUCCGAAAUAAUCCCACCGAUGACCCCGAGGUGCUUGCAAGAGAAAGUGUCAAAUUGCUCAAAGCACUCAAUCUCGAUCCAGUGGAAUUGAGAGGUGUGGGUAUACAGGUUACCAAGCUUGAUACGGAGGAUAAAGACAAGGCCAAAGAAAGAGAGGUCGGUCAAGGGGUUUUGAGAUUCCAGCCGAAACGACUUCAGAACGCCAUUCAAGCGCAAGAGAGCAUUCCCCCAUCUGUCGAAAAAAAUGAACCGCUUGAACCCGAUAUUCCGGAUUCAGUACAGGCAAAUGAACAGCAGUCGCAUUCCCUAUCUCCAAGCCGCUCACCUGAAGUCGAGGGACCUAUCGAUAAAUCACCUACGUCUCAGCCAGAAGCCGGUCCUUCGCGUCUGCCCGCUACCGAAGAAGAUGAAGGCAUCGAUCCUUCUUUUCUUGCCGCUCUACCUCCAUCACUCCAGGAAGAAGUCCAACGCGAUUACGCCUGCGCAAAGGCUCAAAAUCGAUCAUCUCGCGCAGACUCUGAGAGGCCAACUUCCAGUGUACAUGUCGAAGAAACCGCUACUCGAGCCUCCACAGUUUCACCUGUCAAGAAACAACAUGCUGCAGCUCACAUCACUCGGCAGCUACGACCAAAGUUGAAAACUCAACUGAAGGCUAAUCAAUUAGCCAACAGACCGUUGUUUAGCGCGUGGAAUAAAGCUCAGGCGAAAGAUGAUGGUUAUGUGUAUGAGCAGGAAAUCGUAGAUUUGACUUCAUCGGAUCCGCUACCCGUUGAAGUCCAGGAUGAGGAGAUCGGAGGGUAUAAGUUGAGUGAAUUGUUGGAAUUGGGUAUAGAUAAAGAAGUGUUCGAAGCUUUACCUGAUGAUAUGAGGAAAGAAGUGAUUGAUGAAGAAAGACGUAAAGCCGGUAGAAGGAAGAUUCUAACUAGACCGGGAAACGGUAGAUUAACUUCCAACUCAAUGUCUGUCUCACCUUCCAAAGCUGCCGCCGCAGGUAGCAGAAGUAGAGGUCCAUCUGUACCUUCCAAUGGGAAGAAAGUAACAGAUACAUUAGCGAUUACCAUAUCCAAGCCUCUUAAACCUGCUUUAUUCAAAUCUACCGAGAUUGAAGAUAUACUGGGUGUGAUUGAGAAAUGGAUCGAAUCGCGGAAUGGGUCCAGUCCUGCUCAGCGGGAUAUAGAUAAAGUUAAAAAUUGGUUGAUCAAGACUAUGAGUACGUCAGGGGUGAUAGGAGGGGUUGAAAGGUGUAUAGAAGUUGUAAGGUAUAUGAGGAUGAUAUUGAGGGAGAAAUACCCUCUACAGGAGGAUAUGGUCUUCAAGAAUCAGGAUACACGCACGGAAGAGGAGGGAGAAGGGGAUGAAGAUGAAAAUCGCGUAGGGAGAUCUUGGUGGGUUGUCUGGAAAGAUUAUCAAGACGCGGUUCAGGAGAGGGCGAAGAAGUCGUUCGGGGCAGAGUUGAAGAUAUAA